AUGGUCAAGGGCUGGCACCGAUUUGUCCGCGAAAAUUGGGAGAGUAACGACGAAAAUAACGCUUUCAAGGCUCGCCAGCAGCCACGGUUCACGCCCGAGGAAAUUUCAGGCUAUGGAUACUACAAUAGGGGAUGUGUUUGGGGUGGCUGCUACCUUAUUACUGAAGCUUCAAUGCCGUCAACGAACUGGGCCUUAUGGGUGAAGAUCCUGCUGAUACUCUACGACUUCAACAAUGAUAUCCAUAUCGCAGAUGAGAUAUUCGUCUUGUCCCCCAGAGAAAACGAUCCUAUUACCCUUGACAACUUCAAGCGGUACCAAGCCCUCGAGACUGCGGAUUUCAAUAUCCUCAAUUUCAGCGAUACUGGCCAAGUUCUGUUUGAUCCGUAUCACCGCCAUUCUAUGCUCGUAGAUGAAUGUGCCUUGAAUACAGGACAGGUGCUUAUCGCGAAGUUUGGACUCGACGGGGCUUCUAAUGAUAUACACCGAGCCCCUUUGUUGGACCUCUUUGAUCUGUAUAUGCGAAUUCAAGGCUUGGGAAAAAUUGUUGAGGACCAGAUGGAACAUUUCCAGUCCAACAUGGUGCCAGAACACUGGUCGAAAGAAGAAGCAAUUGAUAUUAAACGCCCACUUUUGGAUAUCCUGUUUACUCACAGGGACAUGAUGGACACACCUCUCGAAGAUGAUCGGGAAACUAUUGAACAGCAGAUAAAUGAACUCGCUCCGGGGUACUUGAAAGCAGAGAGAGAGAGAGAGAGAGAGAGAGAGAGAGAGAGAGAGGUGGACUGGCAAACGACUUCGAUCUAUUUAAUCCGGGCUUUCAAACAUGAUACCCAUGAUCAUGGCAUUCCCAACAAGUUAGCCCAGCGACCUUAUCAGCGCCUGCACAAAUAGCGAAAUAAUGUGACUGAUUGAAUAGCCGUUUCCACUGCUUCUCAUGCGACUUGAUUCCCUCGACAUAUGAGCUCUCUAAUUUUGUCAUAGAUAAUUACCUGCAUAAAGGCCCUCGUUCUCAUUCGGAAGUAGCCCGACGCGUAACGCGUUGCAUUGCAUGACUGGACUGUAUAGCACAACAUGUGCU